UAUUGUGUGUUAUCGGACGCUGUGGACAGUUCUUCUCGAUAAAUUCUUGUAAAUUAUUUCAUUGAUCAAUCUGUGUAGUGAUGUCGGUCAGAGCGAAUAAUAUGAACGGAACCAAGGCUUUUCCACCGGCAAAAAAAGCUUUACCUGAAGUGGAAAUGGAAACCAAUGGAAAUGGUAACAAAAUGUACUCUUAUGAGAUGUUGGAGGAGAUUUCGAAUUUUUUACUAUCGAAAACGAAAAUUAGACCUAUUAUAGGAAUCAUUUGUGGCUCUGGCAUGGGUUCGUAUUGGAAAGACGGUUCCUUGGCAGAAAAUAUAACGGAUCAAGAAUGUAUUCCAUAUGAAGAAAUACCUAACUUCCCUGUUAGCACAGUUGAGGGUCACCACGGGCGUCUUGUGUUUGGUCAUUUAGGAGAUAUUCCAGUGGUGGCCAUGCAAGGACGUUUUCAUUAUUACGAAGGAUACCCUCUAUGGAAGUGCUGUCUUCCAAUUCGAGUGAUGAAACUACUUGGAGUCAAAUCAUUAAUUGCUACAAACGCAGCUGGAGGAUUGAACCCUAACUACAAAAUCGGAGACAUAAUGAUUGUAUAUGAUCAUAUUAAUAUGAUGGGAUUUGCUGGUAAUAACCCUCUCCAUGGACCGAAUGACGAGAGAUUUGGACCUCGGUUUCCACCAAUGAACAAGGCCUACAAUUAUGAAUACAGAACUAUCGCCAAGAAGGUGGCAAAGGAAUUAAACUUUGACAAUAUCGUCAAAGAAGGAGUCUACACUUGUUUAGGAGGACCAAACUUUGAAACAGUAGCAGAAUUAAGAAUGUUAAAAAUGGUCGGGGUAGACGCUGUUGGAAUGUCUACUGUACAUGAGGUAAUAACGGCACGACACUGCGACAUGAAAGUCUUUGGACUUUCCUUAAUCACAAACGAGUGCAUUACCAAUUACGACGUAGACACAGAAGCAAACCACGAAGAAGUAUUGGACGUUGGCAAAAUGAGACAAGAUAUUCUUCGUAAAUACAUUUCUAGACUCGUACAAGAAUUUGGCAAAAUUGAACUUAGCAAAUGAUGAUACAUCUCUUUAGUACCGGAAUUCAUUCGUAUUUAUUCAAGAAAGGGGGCCAUCAAAAUGUUUCCGUAAAAGCAGAAUGUUAAUGCAGUCUCCUUUUUAUUAGCAGAGAUAUAAGUUUUAUAGAUGAUAGAUAGGUAAAUGUAAACGGUUCAGUUUUAAUCUUCAAUUAUUGUAGGAAUUAUGUAGAAAAUUUUGUAAAUACUGCGAAAUAAAAAUAUUUUAUGUAGGUAACUUAUCUUUUAAUGCAACACUGUUCCGUGGUAUGUAUUUCCUUAUUCGAUUUAAGUUAAUCUUAGUAACGUUUUAAUUGUCCUGUAGUAAUUAACUUUUUUAUGAUUUGUCUGCCAAUCAUAUCGACCUGUGGCAUUUUUUAUAUCAAUUAGGAACGGAAAUUUAUGAAUAUAUGUCGUAACAAAUUUUAUAUGAUAUUAGCCGAAUUUUAAUAUUUAUGAUCCAUACUUGAAUAUUUCAGUUUUUAGUAACAAUAAAACAUAAGAUUACAAAA